UGGUGUUAUCUGAACAAGGCCACCUGGUAGAGGCGGACGUGAGUGUUACCACGGGACUCUGUGGAGGACGUCCGGCGACAAGUAUCCCGUCACCUUCAUCGCCUCACAGCGCUAGGAGUAAACACAGAACUGAAGAAACUCUACUUGAGGUCAUCAGACAGUGGAUCAUCAAAGGAACAAAAAUAGUUUCAAAUUGCUGGAGUUCUUACAGAAAACUGACUCUGGACGGCUACACUCAAGAGUCUGUCAAUAAUUGUUUAAAUAUUGUAAACCCUGAAAGUGGAGAAAGCACACAAAUUAUUGAAUGGGUAAAAGGAGAUGACCAAGACAUAGUCCCAAAAUUUGGAAGGGAAGAAGAGCAAUUCGAAGGACACCUCGCCACAGCCAUCUUUCAGAAAAUAUUCCCAGACCUUGCUGAAAGAUUCCACCAUUUCCUCCUGGCAACAGCUGCUCUUUAUCCGCCCACUAAUGAGUUCAGAAUUGAUCCAGCAGCAGAAAAAAUUGCCAGCCAUGUCACUGAGGCCACAAGUGGUGCAGCUGUAUAAGAAUUUACUGUAUCUGGGACGAGAAUAUCCACUGGGGUACGAUUACUUCAGGGAAAAGCUCAAGAAUGCCUUCAUUAAGAACAAGGAUGUGACUGACCCAGAACAGAUCAAGAUGAUGAUUGGCCGAGGAGAAUUUGUAAUUAAGGAGAUAGAGGCAUUGUACAUGUUGCGUAAAUAUAGGACAAUGAAGAGAAGAUAUUAUGAUAAUGAGAAUAAUUACAGAGUGAACAAAGAUGCUCAGUAGUGAUAACAAAACUUGAUGAUUGCGCAGCUAGCUUGACAGCUUUAAAAAUAACAGAUAUUAUAUUAUAUUUGAGAGCUGGUGCUUAUUUGAAGAUUAUUCAAUACAGCACAGUAACUCGUAAAAAAAUAUAUUAAUCAUCCAGAUAAUUUGUUAUGCUUGUAAGUCAACUUUUAGGUCAAAAUUUGAAUAUGAUAAGUUUAGCAACCAUUCCAAUUACUUUGAUGCUUUACAACUUAAGUCUCUGUGAUAAUGGCAGAAUGAACAGUAAGCAGCAGUACUUAUACUGUAUUACAUAGUUCUCCAGUGUUUGCUUCACCAGCAGUGCUCCUGAUAGCAGUGGUCCUUUACAGUAUUAAGUUAUAGUUAAUACCUUUAGUUCAGUGAUGUGUUAUUUGUUCAUGUCUUGUGUUCACACUUGUACUUGUCAGAUUUAAGUCAUCUUCAGAGUGAAAAAUUUGAUUUAUGCCAAUUUUUCAGUCAUAUUCUGGGUAGAAAUUUCAAUACAUAAGAAAUACAGUAUAUCAUCCUUUAAUUUUUGGUUAAUACGUAUCAUUUGACUUACUAAAAGAAUUUUAUUGAAAUUCAAAUAGAAAAGUUCAUCACACCUUCCAUGACAUUGUGUAUGAAAGCUUCAUUGUGGACAUAAUUACUUUCUGUAUAUAAAAUUCAGCAUCUCAGUGCCACUCACCAAAUCAGGGGGGUUGCAGGUGGUAUGAUUAUGUUAAGAAACUUCUGCAUGUACUGUAUGCUCGCCACAAAGGGUUCUCAAACAGCUGGGCACGACAGAGUUCAGACUGAGCACUAUGGCUCGUGUCAUCUCAGAAUGGUAGGUAUGUCUGGUUGUGAAGUGACUCAGUAUUUCGUAAUAAUAUACUGUAUGCUGCUUGUCUUUAUAGUAUUUACAGGUGAAAAGAAGUAAUUUAAAUUGCGGUAAAACUUCCUCAUAGAGCAAUGUUCAGAUUUCCCAUUCAUUUUGUCAUACUGUGCGACCCUUAGAGCGACUGAGAACUUUUUGUGGCGAGUGUACAUGUAUAAACAAGACAAUUUUAGUGGAUCUGUGGGCUUAGAGAUCACUUUCAUGUGGGCUUUUAAUCUUAGAACUUAAAAUUGUACAGAGGUUUGAAGUUGGCUUGACACUGAUUGUUAGACCCAUAGACAUUAUAAUUGUCUCAUUUAUACACAAAAGUUCCAACAACAAUAUCUAAUAACUCCCUGACGUGAUCCUGUAAACUGUAAAAAAAAAAAGACAAUAUGUAGGCUUUGAGUGACAGUCUUGCCUAAAAAUUUCCAUCACAAAAACAAAUUGUUUGUGUAUGUUGAAACCUAAUACUUGUGGUGCUUAUCAGUGAGGGAAAUAUGGCUGUGAGUCAUGUACCAAGACCAGUUACACUAGUUAAGACAAAUAUUUGUACCUGUAGUUGAUAUUCUGAAGCUGUACAUAGGUGUUGAUCAGAUAGGUUUAAGUAAAUUACUGUAUUUUGUUUAUGUUUAGCAUAAUUCAGUUUAUAGGCAGUGUGGAUUGUUACCGAUAUAUUAAAAGAUAUGCAUGUCCACUCAGCUGGUAACUCA